AUGGCCGGAGACGCGCCGCCGGCGCCGGAGCUCUCGCCGAAGAUGCUCGUCGUGCCGUGCCUCAUGAUGGCCGUCAAGUUCCUCAAGCUCGACUUCGCGCCCUACGUCGAGCAGCUGCGCAUCGGCUUCGGCUGCGCGUGCGCUCUGACGCUCGGCGUCCACUUCCUCGUCAAGUCGAUCGCCGCGGGCAAGGCGGACGCGACGGAGAUCACGGUGACGACGACGAACCCCAUGAAGCCCGGCGAGAAGGAGACCAAGACCUGGACCAUCUGCAACUACGACCAGGCCGAGGCCCUCAAGAAGGUCAAGAGCGGCCUCGUGAGCGUGUGCAUGGUGAGCGCGAUGCACUACAAGUGGGGCAGCCCCAUGCCCCUCCUCUUCCAGUGCAUCAUGCAGCCCAUGAACCUGCUCGACGACCCCCUCGUCCAGAUCCACCUCCUCGGCAAGAAGCCCGAGGGCAAGCUCGAGCGGCCCUUCAAGGCGCCGCCGAACCCGCUCGCGGACCUCCUCGGCGGCGACAAGGCCGCCGACGACGACAAGGCCGUCGCGCGCAAGCCCAAGGCGGGCAACCCGAAGAAGAAGGACUGA